UAACAAAGCCGUGUGAUCUGAAUACAGCAACUACAAAUAGCAAGCGAUUACUUCAUCCAGACUGGAGACAGAGGACGCGCGUCCGAGGAUGGACACUGCGACGUCCUCGCUGCUGUCACCGUGUUGGAGAGCAGACAAGAUCUCCAUCGGGGCAGGUGCCGCAUUGCUAUCAUGAUUUGUGACACGCGACGCGAGGCGCAUUUGUAACACUACCCGCCACGUAUGAACUGCGGCAGGGCAGGACACGGUUGUUCGACGCCGAUCCCACGGUGGAAGCAGCGGCGUGGCGAUCUGGACGGGAGCCAGUACAACUGUCGCCGGCGGCCCAGCCGUAGAAAUAUCUCGAGAGACCACGCUCCCAUCAGAGAGUAUCAGCGUCAGACCCAUGGCUCUCGUCCCUCCGCUCCCCGUCGUGGCGGCGCUGCUGCUGCUGCUGGCCCAGCCGCUCGGGAACGCCGCCGGGGACCUGCACCCGGUCGUGCUCGUGCCGGGCUACGGCUCCAACCAGCUGGAGGCGAUGCUGACGGCGGCGUACGAGCCCCCGGCGCCCGCGUGCGCUGCCGCCGGCGCGGACCGGCAGGGGUGGUUCCCGCUGUGGCCCAACCACACGGCGACGCGCGACGCCAGCCAGGUCCCCUGCUUCGCCGACCAGAUGAGCCUCGUCUACGACGCCGGCGCCGACGACUACCGCAACGCCGACGGCGUCGCCACCCGCGUCCCGUCCUUCGGCUCCGCGCGCGCCCUCAUCGGGUGGGACCAGCUGGUGAGGCAGCUGGAGGGCAUGGGCUACCGCGACGGCGAGACCCUCCUCGCCGCGCCGUACGACUUCCGCUACGCCGUCGCGCCGCGGGGCCACCCGUCGGCGGUGGGCAGCCGCUACUUCCGCGACCUCGGGCGCCUCAUCCGGGCGGCUAGCCUCCGCCGGGGCCGCCCGGCCAUCGUGGUCGCGCACAGCUUCGGCUGCGCGCUCACGUAUCAGUUCCUCCUCUCCCGCCCGCUCCCCUGGCGCUGCCGCUACGUCAAGCACGUCGUCCUCCUGGGCUCCGCGCUCGGCGGGUUCGCGCCGGGGAUGUACGGGCUCAGCGCCGGCAUCGACUACGGCCUGCCGGGCGUCACGCGGCCGGCGAUGCUCCGGCUGGCGCGGAGCCAGCAGAGCACCCUGUGGCGCCUGCCCACGCCGCUGGUGUUCGGGGACCGCCCGCUGGCGGUGACCAGGAGCGGGACCUACACGGCGCGCAACAUGUCGGCGUUCCUCGAGGCGAUCGGCUUCCCCGACGGGGUGUGGCCGUACGAGACCCGGGUGCUGCCGAUGUGGGAGGCGCUGCCGCCGCCGAUGGUGCCGGUGACCAGCGUCAUCGGGGUCGGGAUCAGGACGCCGGAGACGUACGUGUUCGGGACGGACGGGUUCGAGGGGGAACCCGAGGUGACGUACGGCGACGGGGACGGGGAUAUCAACCUGGUGAGCCUGGUGGCCGUCGAGGACUGGGCUGGGGUGGAGGGGCAGGCCAUGGAGGUCGUCAGGCUCCCCGGCGUGAAUCACAGUGGCUUCUUCAGCGUCGAUUCCGCUGUCGAGAGGGUGGUCGAUGAGAUAUGCAGGGCAGGAGGAGGAAGCACAGAGCUCGAUCGGAAAUUUAGUAUCUGAGCGAUACUACAAUAGAACUUGGGGCAACUGAACAGUGCGCCGGUUAUCAUCGUCCGUUUGAACUGAGGAUCCAUCGUGAUCGGCAAUCGAGUGGCUCGUGUUUGUCACGUGCUGAUCUUACUAGUUUGGUUUACUCACCUACUCAUGUGCUAUUUUCAACAUAUGACACUAUGGAAAUGACCAUAGGUACGUGUUUUAAAAAAUAAUAGAUAGGAUAUUUAUAUAUAUACAAAAGACA